AUGCGGGUCCCUCAAGGGCUGUUGCGCCGGGCACUCCGCACAUCCUCAGAGGCGCGCUUGGCCUCUGCGGCGGCAAGCCGGGCGGGGCGGGCCGAGCGCACAAAGGGGCGGGCGCCGCCUCGUUCAGCUGUGCCGCCGCCGCCGCCUCAGCCUCCCGCUUGGGCUGCCUGCCUGCAGGGGAUGAUGAUGCCGCCGCCGGGCCGCUCCUGGAGCGCCCUGGCCGCGAUGCUGCUGCUGGUGCUCGCCGAGGCCAGAGAGGCGCGGGGGAACGAGGGGGCGGCGGCCUCGCUGGGGCAGAGCCGGCCGUACGCCGUGCUCAAGACGCAGAACCUGGUUCUGAUGGGAAGUGUCUUCGGCGUUCUGCUCAUCGCCGUGAUCCUGAUGGCAGUGUGUGUCUACAAGCCCAUUCGCCGGCGGUAGCCCGGGAAUGUGUCUUCAGGAGAGCUGGGCUCUGCUUUUGGCCUGGUGGCUGGAGGGGAGAGACACCCUCUCCAAUACCAAUCUGUGUUCUGCUAAACUCAGCCUCCGUCUCCUUGGUCUUCAAGCUUCUGAACGCUUUGCUUCCAGCUGAAAGUGGUUUUGCUCCUGGUGCAAUCAUUCUAGUCACUCUUUCAUGUGUGUAUGUACUGUGAAUAUAUUGGCAGGGAAGGAUCUUUAGGGAUUUUAUGGCUCAGUAGAAUUUAUUUUUUUUAAAAUGUUGGGUUUUUAAAGUUGGCCACUGCAUCAAAACUGCAGACUUUAAAAAAUGUAGAGAAUCUUUUGAUUCCUUUGGGAGCAAUGGAGAAAGACUUGUCAGCAUUCAUGACAAUUGUUUCUUUGUGUGUGUGUAUAAACCAGAGGCGUUCCCUGCGCCUCAAAGUGUUGAAUAUUCCAGCUGACAAAACACAGGGAUCUCCUUCGGCACUGUUUUUAUCUUUCAUCACUUCUUGGGGUGCAUUGGAAGAUUGCAAUCCCUCAAAUGCUCUUUAGACAUAGCAGUUGAGCUUUGCAGAAUUAGAUCUGCUCUCUGCUUUGGCCGGGGAGCUUAUGAAACAUGGAUGGGGGACCAUCUGUGGCUCUCCAUCUGUUGUUGGACUCCAGUUCCCAGCCAGCAUGGCCAAGGAUGGCAAAAAAACGACUCCAGCAACAUCUCAAGAGCCACAGGUUCCCCACACCCGUGGUAAAACAUCAGUCCCAUUCUGGUUGGCCAGCACAGAGUGCUCACUUUUCAUCAUUUUGGAGGAAGGUAAUACUUAACAAUUGCACACAUUGAUAUAUUCCAAUUUGAGUGCUUCAGUAGUCACUACAGGGGUCUUUGGAAGCUGCCAGUUUUCUCAGCUUAUGGGAAGGCCGUUAGCUCAGUAGAAGAGCACCCACUUAGCAUGCAAAAAGGGCCAGGCUCAGUCCCCAGCAUCUCCAGGUAGAGCCAGGAGAGAUUGCCUGCCUGAACCCCCAGCCAACCACUGACAGCCAGGGAAACCAUCCUGAGCUAGAUGGACCAUUGGCCUGCAUGUGGCAGCUUCCUAUUUGCCCAUAUUCCAAACUGUCAGCUCGCCUUCUCUGCACUAGCCAAACUCUCCACAUAUGCAAGACAGAUUAACCUUAAUCUGGUACUCAUUUUGGUAUGGGAUGGUAGUUUAAAUUUUAGCAAGAUCCAUUAAAGUCAUUUUGGAUUACAAAAAAGGAGCCAUGCACAGCCUGGGUGCCAAAAGGAGCUAGUCUGUUUUUAGGAAAAAGGGUCUGUAGAGUAGAAACCAAAGGCCUCAGUUUUCCUCUCCUGUGAAAUGGGACCGGUGUGACAAGAGAUCCACAGUUCAAACGCCAAAGCCUCUCCUGUAGUAAACUCAAGGGUACUUAAAAGGAAAGAGAGAAUCUUGAAAGUCUUACAUUUGAGUGAGAUAAUAGACUUCUGCUAUUACACACAGACUGUGUUGAAUGAAUGAAGCAUUAUUUUGCUUGUUCUGUUUUCUCCAGAUAAUAGAAUGUCUCCUACUGUGAGUUAUUCUCGUGCAUGGAUUUGUGUGCAGACAUUUUAAACAAUGAAUCAUAAUAAGCAAGUGGAGGGGGAGGAUAUAAUGGUGCAUUGGCAUCUCUAUACAUAUUUGUGGAGUGGACUGAGUUGGGCACACAGAUUUGUAUGUUUGUGGUGGGGUGGAGGAAUUGUCCCUUUCACAAGAGAUACCGUUGUGAGUGGGGGUGCCAAACAUCCUGGCUGCUGCACAAAACAGCACAAAUAGACGUCAGUGGCCAUGAUCCAGUUUAUGCUGAGCGUGUGGAGUCUCACAAUAUGCAGUGGAGCCACAUCCAUACCUCUAGAAUUCCCUUGCCAGCAAGAGAGGCUGCACCUGUUUACAGCUGCCUGGAUUGUGGCCAGUGGCUUUUAUGUGCAUCCAGCGCUGCAGUCACUCCAGGGAGUCAUCCAGAGGGUGGCAGACCAGCUGCAAGAAGCUGCCUGGAUGUGUUCACACUGAAAAGUUGCACACUUUAGUUUUUGUUGCUGCUGGUUUUGUUUUUGUUGUUUCAGACUUGAUUUUCCUGGUGUAUAUUUUUUAUACAUGUUGAUAUAUAACAAAGGCUUAACGUCACUGUAUUAAUUUAUGUUUAGCAGUUUUCAAUCUAAAUGUUGCUUUCUAAAUGAAAAUUCUGCCUGAGUCUCUCUCUGUCUCCCUCUUCUUAAUGAUUUCUUAAUAGUCAUCCUUUAUGACGACUAUAAAGUUGGCAACGUGAUUGCUUCACGGCACAAUAAAAAAAAGUGUCUUCACACAAUGGAUUCCUGGCUACUGCAGUUCACAUAUUUUCUAUGAUAAUUAUGGCUUGCAAAGCUUUUGGCAUUUUGCAACCCUUGCAUCAAUCACAACAAAGAGGCAACAUUUCUAGAUACUCCACAUGACUGUACCCUAGGACAGCUGGUCAUGGAACCAACCAGAGGGGGACCUACUGAGAGAUGCAAGUGUUGUCAAACCAUUUGGG